UAGCCCGGACUGGAAGUGGUACUACCUGAUCUCAGUUAUCGGAUUCGCGGCCCUUCGGAGAGGCGACUUGAUCCUCGUGAACACUAGUAGGGUGUUGCUGUCAAAGAAGGAAACUUUGCUCUAAGGAAACUUUGGAAGUUACCAGUGUAGAGAACACCAGUGCAAGCAGCCACAAUGCCUGGAGAAACAGGAAAAACAGAUAUGGAGAGGAUUGGCCUCUUCAGUGAGAUGGAAUAUAUUACUGUUGGUGAUAAAUAUGUGUCACCAUUUAAUCGACCCUUUAAUGAGGCUGCAAGCAAAAAGAGACAGAUGCUACCUGGGGGAUCCAAGGAAAUGUCAGAUCUCCAGGCAGGUUACUUUGAUCCCCAUUUUGUAAGGAUUUUUGAAGGCGAAGGCUACAUAAAUGUGAAUCAACUGAAGAGGCAGCAUAUGAUGGGAGAAGCCAAAAAAAAUCUAGGCAAAGCCUUCCUCCCCAGUAGUGGAGAUAAAAAGCCAUGUGGAUUAGGAAGCUACUAUGGAACGAUAGGUGGCCCAGUUCCAUUCUUCAGUGCACAGUCAAAACCUAGGGACAAGUACCAGCCACCUGGAAAGAAUUUAUAUACAAACCCAGGAAAGAAAGGAACUGGAUAUGGCUAUGCAAAUAUUACUAUUGGUAAACAAUUUUCACACUCUGCUGAUUUCUAUGAUGCAGCAAAAGUAAAUUACAAGAAAGAGAAUGAAGAACAUCAUCGUUUAGUUAAAGGGUCACCUUUCAAGUUAAACCUUUACCCAAGGGAAUAUUUCGAUGCGAAUCCUUAUUUUUCUGAGAAACCAUUACCACCAAUUAGAAAAGAAGAGAAGAAAGAAGUAGUUCCAAACCCUUUUAAGCCCUCUUCUCCUGGUAAAAAGGCUGGUGGAAUGAAGGCAGGGACAUUUGAUUCCUACCCAUCACAUUCUGCUGACCCUUAUGUGGCUAAAUUGACAAGGAUUUCUGGCAGAGAUGGUAAGAUUUUCCAUCCACCAAGUGGACCAAAAAGCAGACCAAUUCAAAGUAUAAUGACUUUGAAUGUCAGAAGGGCACUAAAUAUGAAGAACUACAAGACUGCUUCAGUACAGUCCUAUUAGCAAGUGGGAGUCAAGGAGCUAAGUAGAUCCUGACUACCAGCGAUUGUCAGGAGCUAAUUAUUUGAAAAAAUAUAAGAUGUUGUGAUGUUGUGAGGCCGAUAGCUCAAGCAUCUAAAAGAAAUAUACGAACUUGUAACUCAAAUACUCUGCCUAAUUUUAAUGCUACUACUUAAUAAAUACUGUCCAUUACUAAUAA